AAGUCUGCUCUUCAGGAUUGAUACAUCCUUAACCACAGUCCUAACUUAGAAGUGGAUCCGGAAUUCUGAUCUUAGAAACAUCUGAAAUACAAGUAUUUCCUGUUAUUCCUGGAUUUCUAACUGAAAACUCUUCAGGAAGUGAAUGGGGAAAAAGAAAAGGCCUUUACCAAAAGUUGCGGUCCUGUCUCCUGCAAGAGACUUUAAUGCAAAAGUCCAGUCAAAGUCACUAUCUUCCCAUCAUCAGAUUUCACCAUUAUUGAAAGAAGAUCACUGGUCCAGAUUUGAGCAGAUGCCCCACGUUAAUCAAGCCAGAACCCCAUUCUGUCUAGAUCAAAGAAGCACAUUUGCACCAUCACAAUCCCAGAAAACAACUAGGCAGCUACCUGGCCUUAACAACCAGAAAAUGACUAUGCUAAUAACCUAUCCUGACAGUCUUAAGGUGUCUAAAGUAUUCAUACCUCAGAAGCGCCAUUUGCCCACAAUAUAUCAUGAGCAUGAGGCUAAGGGAAUCCCUUUGUCUUUGCCAUCUUUAGGACAAAGUGGAGCACCUUUACUCAGCCCUAACCAUGGGGAUCAGAGCCAAAACCAUGGGGAUUCCUGGACAAAAGGGGAUCAGAGUCAAAACCAUGGGGAUUCCUGGACAAAAAAGUCUUUUGAGACUAACAAGUUUCCUAAGGUUGAACAGGACCAGUCAUACUUCAACCUAUAUCCUACACCCACAUCCACACCAGUUAAUGAAAACUGGUUUGAAGCUCCAUUUGAUCCUUACCCGCAGGAUAGAAUCCUAGAUGAACCAUUAACAUGCCAUGGUCAUCAGGAUGAAGCUUUGCCAAGUCACAAACUCCAAGUGUGGGAUAUACUCAACCUGAACCACUCAAACAAAGCCACAACACCACCAUUGCCAUGUCUUGACUAUAGGGAUAGAGUUAAAUCUGUGACCACCUCAGACCUGAACCCACAGGUCAAGGCUUCAGAUUUGAAGUCAUCAUAUUCUCAGCUCUAUUCCAAAACCACUGCUGUGCUUUCAUCGCAAACCAAUCUCUAUGGCAAAACCACAGAUCCAUGUUCACGAUGUUCUUACCGCCCCAAUUCUUCUCCAAAAAAAGUGUCACAGUUGCGCGAUCAUCAGGUCUCCAACACUUUCCCAGGGAAAAAACGAUACUGUCACUAGACCUUGAAGUCCAGAUCAAAGCCACAGAUCAUUCCCCAUGCCAUGGCCAUUGUGGUAAGCCUCUUUCAUGUCUUCUUCACAUGACAAAAUAAGACCAGAUAAGUCGAAGGAUGUGUUUGGACCAUUAUCAUCUCACCUCCAUGAUGUACCUUCACCAGACACCAACCAAUAGGAUGAGGCUGAGGUUUCUCCAGAUCUCAAGCAUCAUAUUAUGACAUCAGGCACUUCUCAACUGGUAGUUUCACCAAGAUCAAGCCAACCAUUGUAAGACGGCCACACUGACCAAUUUUCAACCCAUAAACAUUUAUUAAACUACUAUUUGUUAGGCAUUAUGCUGAGCACUGAGGAUACAAAAGGAGAUAAAAAAAAUUAGUCCCCUCUCUGAGAUGUCACAAUCUAAUAGGGGAUGCAAGAAGCGAAGUAAAUGUUACUAACAAGA